AUGGCGCCUGUCAUCCUCGCCAUGGACGUGCACUGCGACAGCUGCGCCAAGAAGAUCCGGAAAGCCAUCAUGAAGAUGCCUGGGGCGGAGAGCGUGACCGCGUCCUACGAGACCGGGCUCGUGGUGGUCGAGGGCACGGCCGACGCGGCGGCGGUCAUGGCGCGGCUCCGAGCCAAGACGAACAAGGCCGUCAGGGUCGUGAGCGACGGCGUGGAGGAGGAGGGGCAGGCGGCGGCCGCCGGCGCCAGCGGCAGCGUCUACGCUAAUCCGCCGUCGCCUGCUGGUGGCGCGCCAGCUUACUCUCCAGCUCCGGCGCCGCCCAUCGUCCUGGAGAUGGACCUCCACUGCAGGUCCUGCGCCGAGAAGGUCGAGAGGCGCGUCAUGGAGAUCCCAGGUACACGCGCGCGCGUGUGCUUAGCUUGUUCACCUUUCUCAUCUGCUCGGAACAUGACGCCGCACGUCCUGUGCGCGCGCGUUCGACUUCCGUGCGUGCGUGCAGGCGUGGACGCGGUGACCACUGACGUGCCGGGGCGCCGGGUGGAGGUCACCGGCACGGCGGACGCCUCGGCGGUGGCGACGAGCCUCGAGGUCAGGACGAGGAAGGCCAUCAGGGUCGUCAGCGACCCCAGGAGCGCGGGGCGAGACAUGCCGGCAGGGUACGAGCACGAGCAGCGGAAGGCGGCCGCGGCGCGAGCGGCGGCGGAGCAGACGCAGGAGAUGUACGGGUACUGGGCGACGGCGCACGCGGAGCCGUGGGAGGAGGCGGCGGCGGCGGCUACCGACUACGCUAGCAACCACUCGACGGUCCCGCUGUCGUCAAGCAGUGGUGGCAUGCCUCCGUCUCCGCCCGCGUCGUUGUCGUCGUACGGUGGCCCUCCGCCGGAAGGAGGGUACGGCGACCAACACUGGGCAGCGCCCGCCCCACCGUCGGGGGAUUUCUAUAUGCCUGAAGGAGGUGAAUGCUACGGACAGUACCCACCGCCGGUGGGCGCCUUGUAUACGCAUCAAGGAGGAGAUUGUUUCGGGCAGCAGUACUGGCGGCCGGCGUACCCACCGCCGGAACCCGAGCCGGAGGGUUACUAUCCAUACGGCGGCCAGCGAGAGGACUACUAUCCAUACGGUGGCCAGCCGGAUGAGAAUCCUGGCAGUUGUUCCAUCCAGUGA